CAUGGUCAUAUCAAGUCAUAUCUUGAUAUAACUAUGGGUAAAUUGCCUGAAACGUAAUUCACUAAACAAUACUGUUCCACUGUGUGACACAAAACAAACCAACUAAAGUGGAGUUUCAUCCUACCACAGUGCUCAGAUUUUCCUCAUCUUGAUGGAUACUAAAAACCUGUCCGUUAUUUGCGCUGUUGAGAUAUUUGACUAUCCAGUGAAAGAUGAGUAUACUGUGUAGCAGUUCGCUCUUCCUUAUAAUACGACUGUGAAACAGUUAUCGAGAAUACAAGCAUUGAUUGCGUGAAGUGGAACCAUCGUAUGAUCAGUGUCAAAGUUAGACGUAGAAUACCAGUUUUCCUGGAGGAAAAUGUGAUCAUUUAGAUGAAGGAGAUGUGGUUCUCACAGCUUCGAAUGAAAUCGACAUUUGGGGUGUUCUCCCUCGUAUGGACCCGCGGCCGAAUACAACAUGUGAAACAGAAUAUUGUGAAUGUUAUACUAUUCUAUCAAAUUUCUACUUUAGUCUUCUGUAUAUCCAGUUGUUGGAUUUUGUGGGGAUUAACUAUUUAACUAUUAGUGAUGAGAAGGAGGUAUCAACAGUUAUUGACAAGUCGGGACAUAUUUUAUCUCCGAAUCCGGAAGAAGUUGCUCACGUUUAUAUACGGUCAAUCAGUUGGUUAACUAACCCCGCUAAUUAUUCUUAUACGAAGUACGCUUAUAGUUCUCCUGAUUUACAAUUCCUAUCGAAUGACAAUCAGCUAGCUGGUACUUAUAAUGGUCUCAUUUCACAACGUCAACAAUUCUAUGUUGAUUUGCCCCCUUUUGGAGCUUUGUCAAAUCCUAAUUCUUGUGGUCCACGCAUAUGGGGGUUAACAGUGUUGAUAAUUAUAAAUUUCUGCAUUGUCUUAUUCCAGAGCGAAUGUAUCAAACGAAUCUAG